GACUAGACCCAUGCUCCUCUUCACGCGCCGCCCAUCACUUCUCCUUUAACGGCAUCACGAGCGCGCGAGCGACCGCGCCGCCGCGCACGUCGCUGUCGGCUAAGCCGCGCCGCGCGCGCAACGUAUACGUUCACGCGUGCGUACGUAUAUACACUUCUCGCCGAUCGACCGGCCGGGCCGCCGUGUGCUAUCACAUCAUCGGGGAGAGCACCAUCUGCCGGCAGGUGAGCUCGAUCGAUCGCUACUCGUAGGCGGCGACGAUAGAUCCGGCCACGAUUAUGCGCCGUCGCGGCCUCCCCAGCUUCUGCCACGGCGUCGCCUCCACGUCCACGGUGCAGCAGCUCCACGGCAAGGAGCGCGUCGGUGGCGCGGGCGCGGACGCCGCGUCCUCGUCCUUCCUCGCCGUGCCGCCGUCGGUGGUGGGCUCGUGCGUGGCCGAGACCGAGGUGAGCGGCACGGGCGGCACCGGCGGUGGUGCGGACGACGGUGGAGGCGGCCCGGCGGUCACGCUGGAGGAGAUGAUCCUGCAGCUGGACCUGGAGGAGGAGGCGGCGAGGAAGGCGCGGCGCGCGGCGGGGUACGCCGGCGGGGAGGAGGAGGAGUGGUGGUGCCCGCGGCGGAUGUCGUGCGUGGACGGCGGCGGCCAGGCGGACCACGUGCUCCGGUCGGCCCGGGACGCGCUGAGCCAGUACCCGCGCUUCUCCGUCGACGGCCGGGACGCCAUGUACCGCGCGUCGUUCAGCGGGUUCUACGAGGGCAUGGGCCGCGACGCCGUCGCCGACGCCGGCGGCGGCACCUACUACAGCCGGCCGCGGGCGUCGGCGUGCGGCGCGGGGUGCGGGGCGCUCGUGUGCAGCGCUGGGGGGUACGAGAUGGACCUGGAGCGGACGCUGCGGAUGCCGGCCACGGUCGCCGGGGAGAGCGUCGUGUGGUGCAAGCCCGGCGUGGUGGCCAAGCUCAUGGGGCUGGACGCCGUGCCCGUGCCCAUCAGGGGAGGGCUCCGGCGGAGGAAGGCGAGCGGGCACCCGGCCGCGGCGUGGGGCGGCGGCGUCAGGAAGCAGAGGCUGAGGAGGACGGGGCCGCAGGAGGAGCUGGCCUUGAGCAAGGAGAAGCUCUUCAUGGCGCUGCAUGGCUACGACGUCGCCGGGGCGGGCGCGCGACACGCUGGCGCCCUCAGGUCCGGCGUGGGACCCGAUGUCAGUGGCACGGGCAACGACGGCCAUGGAUGGGAGUUCCGGCUUCGCCGUUGAAGGGUGACUGGUUGAGGAUGCAAGAUGUACGUUGCUAAGUGUAUAGCUGACUCUUCUUUUAGAAUACGUGGUUGCUAGCACAUAAACUAGUGUCGAACUGGUUUCCAAAAAACAAAACUAGUGUCGAACUUUGGUUACAACUAAUAUAUGUUUAUACAGUUUUCUCACAUGAAUAAAUCUUCUUGUAGUAAUGCCCAUAUCUUGGGAGUAUUUCGCGUACAUAGUUUUUGCAGAAAUUGUAGUAUAAGCUAAGAUAUCUAGUUUUUUAUUCGUUUGGAGUUAUUUGAGAGAGGGGAUUUCGGAGGUAAAGUUUAAGUGCUAAAGUGGACAUAUAAGUUCUCUCAUUUUUCAGUCUGUUCCCCUGUUCAACAGUCAUUUUGGGGGUUCAACUAGAAGUUCAGGCAUUGAAAUUGGGACUUCAAAUCGUUGAAGAGAAAGGCAGACCGAACUUUAAGAGGUUGAAACCCUCAACUAAGAGAAUGAACUUCCAAUUGCAGUAUGCUUCAAACAGUUUGGCAGGACAAAUUUUAGGUUUCAGAAGCAGGGAAAACUGCUGACAGAACGUCAGGAUCGUUAACGCCAUCAGAGGCUUUGGGCAUAUAUGAUUUUGGUUAGUCUCACAAUGAUGGUAGGAGCAUGAUGGCAAGGGCAGAGGUACAUGCCUAGCGAGCGCCGUGGUGAGAAUCAACCAAAUUUGAUCUUUCGAAAAAAAAAAUCAACCAAAUCCGGAGAAUGAAAUGGUCCCAUUGGAGUGGAAACAAGUACAAGACUUCACUGUCCAUGAUAAGGGAUCCAACAGAGAGCAGAGCAGGGUGCUGUCCAUAGGCAAGCUUCAGUACAAGUGUCCAUGUAUUUGUGCUUUCGCUUUCCAGUGUUUUACAAGUAUAUCCGUCCGUCUAUCAUAUGGGUUCAAUUAUAAGUUUAUAACUUACCUAGAUAUCUAAACUUUCUUAAAUGUUGUGCGAUUGUGGCAGAUACACCCAUUAUAGUGUCACAUGGAAACCAUGAUGGGCUAUUACAGAUCAAUGGAUUUGCACGCUACUUCUACCCAAAGUGCCACUUAGUGUGCGAUUGAUAACUUUGGUAUGUGCAGAAAAGAUAAUCUCAACAGCAAAACUUUAUCAACUAAUGAUCAGCAUAUAUAUUUGAGGUGGUUGCCAGAAAAAGAGGUUGGUCAGUGGAGAUGAGCUUUCUAUCAGCCUGUCGGUGACAAAGCAUUUUCAACGCGCUACUGUCUAUCUCGCGUACCCAAAGAUCCAAUUAUUUUUCAUUUCGCAUUAA